GGAAACGGUUCGGUUCGGACUAUGUAAGACGACGAGGCGGCGGCCGAGGGGUCCGAUCGAGCCGAGUUUCCAUCGAGACCGGAGUAGUGUCUGAUCGGCCGUCGCGGCGCGUGGAGCUUUACGCCGUUUGUAAUCUGUUCGCCUCGUUUAAGAUCAUAAGAUACGACUGAUCAGCGGAGAUCAGUUCGAAGUUUUGUUCCGGGUAAGUCAGCGCGAACGUCUCGAUUAUUCAUUCGCGAGAGAGUCUUCAUGAAUUGGAGAACGGAAUAUCCUCGAUAAAAAGUUCAGGAUUGAAAUGAAUCCCGUUGUUGACAGGAACGCGCGAUUGAGAGAAGUAGUGAAGUGGUGACGAGAUAAAUUCUAAUUCUACCGCGACGUCGGUGUCUUGCGCGGAUUUCACUCCCGAUAUUUUGUUCGCAUGUGCUUGACGUGACCAUUUCGGUGAGCGACCUUAUUGGCAUUAUAAAAUCCUCUCGAGAAAAAAGAAGAGAAAAAAUAAAGAUCGAAGUUCCUUUCUUCAUCAUAUUAUUAUCGAUAUUAAUUCAACAACAUACGAAAUGGAGAACACGACGUCCGGACAAGAUCCGUCCAAUAUUCUUCUGAUGUCAAAGAUCGGCGCAAUGGUCGGUCUUGGCUUUGGUUCCCUCGCACUGGGAACGCUGCCAUUGAUGGUGGGACGUUACAGAGCCAAGAAGCAACUUCGUCAGAAACGUCGCCAGGCGAUGUCUUCCAAUUCUAGCACUUCCACGUCCACUUCGACAUCCGACGCUUCCUCGCCACACGUUGAUUCGGCCUCCGCGGCGAAUAAGCAAGGUCUCUUGACGUCGCUCUUGCUCUGCUUCGGCGGCGGUGUGCUCCUGUUCACGACGUUCAUACAUCUGGCACCGGAAGUUCGCGCUAGCGUAGAGACACAUCAGUCGAAUAAACAACUGCCCGAUUUGGGUUCCCUCGGUCUGGCUGAGCUGCUUUUCUGCGGUGGUUUCUUCCUCGUUUAUUUGGUCGAAGAAGCUGUGCAUGCCGCCCUUACCGGCAAACCGGAAUCUUCGGAAGCAUUACUUUACCGAACAGUGUCGGUGCGCAGAUGCAACAAUAAUCAAACAGGUCCAUCAAGUUCGUCGGUGAUGUCGAAUGGCUCGAUCACCACCGUAUCCACGACGACCAAAUCCACCGCGUGGAAAGACAUCAAUGAUGCCGAGGACAGUAAAGAUCCGGCAAACCGGCUGAAACUCCAGCAUGAUUCUCGCGAUCAAGCAGGCAAGGAUGACAAAGUGCUGCCGGCUAUAUUCGUCCUGCCUAUCGCGUUAUCGAACGAAGAACAAAAGGUUGUUCGGAGGCAUUCUGAUCUAGAAUUAGCAAUUCCGGAACUAAACUACUCGAUCAAUCAUCAUCAUUCCCAUGACCAUCAUCAUCAGCAUGGCACGAUGCAAAACACCUCAAUACAAGGACUACUGACUGUGCUCGCGUUAUCUUUUCACGCGAUAUUCGAAGGUUUAGCGGUGGGACUGGAACCAUCUAUCAGUUCGGUCGCAUAUCUGGCAGCUGCUAUCGCGACCCACAAACUGGUAAUCGCCUUCUGCGUCGGAAUGGAGCUCUACGUGGCCGGCGCGUCGACCAAGACUACCCUCGGCUAUCUGUUAAUUUUUGCCAUGGUUACACCGAUUGGGAUCGCCGUGGGACUCGUCCUCGCUCAUUUCAAGAACGACAGCGAUAAUUUGGGACCCACACCCACCAUACUCCAGGGCAUGGCGGCUGGUACCCUACUUUAUGUGGUAUUCUUCGAGGUGCUAGCGCGAGAGAGGGCAAACGAGAAGAGUGGUUUGCUGCAGCUAGUCGCAAUCAUUAUUGGCUUCACGCUGAUGCUGGGUCUACAGAUCGCCACUGCCCAUUCCCACUCACAUGAUGGCAGUAGCCACGGACAUUCGCAUGGUAGCCAUGGACACUCGCACGAUUGCCAUUCGUCUAACCAUACGGAGAUAGAAGAAGAACAUGAUCAUGAUCAUGAUCACAAUCACAAGCACGACGUAGUCACAGGGAUGAUCGACAAAGUAACCGACAGCAUCGCCGAGGUCCUCACCAAUGCCCUCUCAUCCUCGACGACGCCGUCGACGAUGAUACAAAGGAAUAAUAUAAAGGAGACCAGUCCAUUAUAUCCUCAGCACAGUUAGGGGACCGAUCUUUGGGUUCCCGUAAGUUCCAAUUUCUACGACUGAAUUCUCUUCGGCAAGAGAUUUCAACGUAACAAAGAUCUCUCGGGAAACUCGAAGCUCUCGAGAUAGCAACAAUACCUUUACUCAGGGGACUCUUUUCGCAUUUUUUUUUAUCAUUUAGCAUUUUUUUAGAUUACGUAAUAGAGAAUAAAUUAAUCCGUAGUGCAUGAUUAUUUAAGUGCCUUCAAGACCUAGAUACUCUAGUAUCUAAAGUAUUUAUUGAUAGGACAUGAAGACGUUCUCCAGAGUUUAAAUAAUUCUUGAUAGCAAUAAACAAAAAAAAGGAUGCUGAGCUUUUCGUUAUGGCGAGAGCCAAUCAAUUUUCUAAUUAUUCAACGAAUCCAAACAGGCGCAUUUAUAGUAAGAAUUUUUAAUAAAUUACCACAGAUAUUUU